UUGUAAGCAUUUUUUGUCUUUUUAAUUGCCCCCCUUUUUUUAUUUUUCCUCCUUUUGCUGGUGUUUGAAUUGAGCAUUGACAUGGUGGUUUUGAGCGUUUUUCACAUCCAGGCUUCAAGUUUUUAGCAUGCAGUUAUUCUGAUGGAGAGUGCCAAGAGGGUGAACGGGUGCGUUAUCGGUCUUGAGAAAGCCUUUAUACUUGCUUGCAGUUUUGUUUCGAGGGUCGAAACCAAGCAGGUUUUGUCAGUAUUGAGAUUUUUCAAACAUUUAUUGGUGGUUUUGAAACAUUUUUAUUUUUUUUUGUUUCUGUCGACUUUUGCUGUUGCUAUGCUUUGGUUUGCAUUUUGCAGUGUUGUUUGUUGCCUUCGAGUUUUGUGAUUUUGAUGUCUCGGUGAAUCUCACCGAUCAAACCCUUGAUUUUACUUUGUUCCUCUUUUCUUUAUAAGAGAAAAAAAGGAGUCAUUUUUAAAAGAGCCCGAUGACGUUUUAACGUGAUACUUUUCUUGCAGCUGAGCUCACAGGUUUGUUGUUUUUGUGUUUCUCUUUUUUCGAUUUCAUUAUACUUUUGCUGGUGGCAGUGUCAAGUAUUUUUGGAUGUUAUCGGUUUUUUUUUUGACUAGAUGAUGCUGGGUGGACGAGGGGAGUUUUGAUUCUUGGGGGAGUUCAAUGCGUUUUUGUUUUCUGUAUCAACGAGGAUGAACAGACAUUUUCCCUCUUGCAGGAGGGCAACUGGAGGAGAAUGACUGGUAAAACCCAGACAAGCAACGUGACCAACAAGAAUGACCCGCGCUCCCUCAACUCCAGAGUCUUUAUUGGCAACCUCAACACAGCCAUUGUCAAGAAGACCGAUAUAGAGGUCAUCUUUGCCAAGUACGGAAAGAUAGUGGGUUGUUCUGUACACAAGGGUUACGCCUUCGUACAGUACUUGAACGAGAGGAACGCUCGGGCGGCUGUGGCAGGAGAAAAUGCCCGUAUCAUCGCUGGACAGCCUCUUGACAUAAACAUGGCAGGCGAGCCCAAACCAUACAGGCCCAAAGCCGGCUCCAAACGGCCGCUCUCCGCCGUCUACAGUGGUUAUGAAUUUGAUUACGAGUACUACAGGGAUGAUUUCUACAGCAGGCUUUUUGACUACCAUGGCAGAGUGGCCCCCCCACCAAGAGCCGUGAUCCCCCUCAAACGCUCCAGGGUGCUCGCUCCCUCCUCCCGCCGCGGGAAGACCUCCUUCCCCAUCAAGACAUCUUCCUCUUCCUCCUCUUCAUCAUCCAGACCUCCCACAUCAUCCUCCUCCUCCGGGCUCAAACCAGUGAAGACGGACCAGCUUCAGACCAUCAAACGGGAGCUGACUCAGAUCAAGAUGAAGAUCGACUCUUUGCUGGGACGCCUGGAGAAGAUUGAGAAGCAACAGAGAGUCGAGUCUGAGGCGCAGAGAAAGUACGAUGACAACUGCGACUCCCUGCAUGAGGAGUCCGUGUCCGAGACGGCAGAAAACUCUGGGGAGGAGGCCGGCGAGGGGGCGCUGGACGUGGAGGCGGGAGAGAUGACCGAUGGAGGUGAGGACGACUACGACGAGGAGGGCGGCCACCAUCUGAUAGAGAACCAUGUAUCGGAUAUUGACAACUGAGAUCAGGGUGAGGAAGCAGACACUUCUGCUUAGAAUUCAUCAUCACCUUCAAGAGACAGAAAAGGAUCUCUGAGGGAUCAAGACAACCGUUCUGGACUGUAAGUUGUGUUCAAGAGAUGAUGAAUCGCAUUUUUAGAUGCCCAACUGUGCAGCACAGACCGAAUGUGAUUUGCUCUCUAAAGAAAAUUGUAUUCAAGACCCAUUUUAAUGCAUUGGCCUGAGUUGACCCUCAUGGAUAUUCUGUACAACUUCUAUUUCAUUGCAAGAGGCUGAUAUUCCUGUUCUUGAAAAAAAUAAAAAACAGAUGUGAAGGAAAUAAAAAGGGACUUAUUCAGAUUUAUUAAUUGAGUUAUGUUGCGAGAAGCGAACAUGACGUUGUUUAUCAAUUGUUGCUGCUUUUAUGAAGUGUGUUUGCGCUGUAAUUUCACAAACUGUUUUUUCAAUGAAUUUCUGUUGUAGCUUAAAAAUCUAAAUGAAUAAACGACAGUCAGAACAACCUGCGAGAAAAAUGAAUGAAACAUCGGUGGCGUCUGGUUCGGAUUCGACUCAUACAUAAGCCAAUAGCUGUGAGCAUGACUUUAUCCUGCUUUAUCCAUUUAUCACACAAAUGCCCUGUGGGGCUGUUCCAUCAUAUAUUCCAACUCCUGCCAAGUUUCAGAAGCAGAAAAGAGCUUCCUGUGGUCGAGAGCCAACACUGGCACAGGCCUCCUGCCAGGGAGCAGUGCCCUAGCGUCUCAAUGUGCUCCUCCCUGCUCAGCCUGUGCAUCCCAACAUGGACUGCUGCUGUUCAGGAGCCAACGCCUUUUCUCCUUCACCAUCUCCCUCCCUCCCUCCCUCCCUCCCCCGCGUUGAUUCUGUCUCAUGUAGGUGAGGGAGCGAGGCCAGGUUUUUGGAAAUGGUGGAAAUGUUCUAUUUUGAAUUAUACAUCGAGAAGCUUUGAUUUUAUCCAAGUACGUGUCUCGGUUUGAUUACUGAGCAUAUAUCGAAUAAUUCGCCUCAAAAUCAGAGGCAAUAUAGAGGCAAUAUAAAAAAAACACACAAAAGUCAAUAUUACAGUCAAGUACAAACUGAUCGGAUUAAGCUGAACUGUCCCAUCAUUUGGUGCCGUUUACCAACAUUAAUGUCCAUGAUUUCUGCCAGUGCAGGUUUGUCAGUUGCUCUUGCUGCUAACAUGCAACAGUUUCAUAUGCGACUUGAGGUUCAAGCUGAGCAAUCAUAAUUAGCCUGAAAUAAAUUGCUACAAAGUGAAUUAUGUCACCGGUGAUUUGGUGUCAGCACGUUCUACUGUUAAUUAUUCACAUCACGUUUGCUCCAAUUUUAUUUUUCCCCCGCUGCUAACAGGUUAGGAGGUAGUUGUUGGGACCUCCACAGGUGAUAUAAACCGCUCAGUAGCAUCAGUUUGCCUGGUGAUGCAUGUGAGCCGAUGCUAUGCUAACAAGCUUUCAGAGACGCAGAAGGUGUUGACCGGGGCUGCUGCAGUUUAACCCCUUGUGUUCAGUUCUUUGUUGGGCUUCGACAUUUGCUACUAAAACCAAAUAAAAAAUAUUUAAUAUGUUUUAUUCAUUUAGAUGGGAUCAAACCUGUGUGGCUGUACACUUUUUUGUGAUGACAAAGCUUAACUAGUUAUAAAUAAUAAAACACAAAAUGAAAACUUAAAACUAAAUUUCCUUAAUUAGCAUUUUCUAAAUGAAAAUGUGGCUCAGUCAUUAGCUAACUUCAUGAUACAUGCGAGUCAGGCCCAACUUUGCAUGUAGCUGCAAGUUAAGGUUUAGCUGGAUGCGUUAACCAGCAGAUAGUCAAACGCUGCAAAGGGACAAGGCAAGUAAAUGGGUUUCCAUUCAAAUGUCAAACCACAUUUUGAGAAAUUCUGCAAAAGCAAAUCCAUCCGCCACUGUCAUGCGAAUAUUAGGAAGACUUCUCCAGGCGGGUGCCAUUACAGUUAUUGCAGAAAAGGAGGGUGCAAGGAGAUAAACAUCAUUAAAAGGAGCACCUGUCAAACUACAAAUGGUAAAAGAUAAAUAAAUGAAUAAAAAAAAAAACGAUGUAGAAAAACAUGGUGUUUCAGUUUCCCGUAUCAAUAUAAAAAAAGCAAUGCAACGGUCUCUGCACAGAUCUGAUGUUUUCAUCUGCCGCUAUUUUCAGUCUCUCCAGCGGAGCGGAAACAUCGGCGGACAUUUAGGUUACACGCUUCAUUUAUGUCAUGAUUUAUUUGCUAAAUAUGUUUCCAUUGCACUUUUUUUUUUUUUUUGGCGAUAUUUUGAGAUUUUUAUUUUUUUCUUCAAAUUUCCUACAUUUCCACUAUAUUUUCCAAAAUGCGCAUAAAAACAUGUGGAUGGAUGAAACCCACCUAAUGUUUAGGCUUGUGACAUAAUCAGCCUAAUUGAUGAUACUGAGCAGUGGAAUAUAUUAGCUGUGCUGCUUCUUCCUCCUCCUCCUCCUCCGGCUGCUUUUAAAGUGGAAGCGUGAACACAAACAGUCCUCUGUCAUUAUUUGGAGUAAAGAAGUCCUGGAUUUACGUAAAUGGUAAAAACAAAAACAAGUCCCUCUUAAACCCGAGUUGCGUCUUGUCAAGCAGAUAGUUGUGUUUUGAGGUAUCUGCUCCUGAGACUUGUAGCCACCACUUCAGUCAAGGUAAAAUAAACUUUAUCUUUGGUGCUUGUAGAAUAAAAAGAAGCUUUGUUUCUUUUUCAGAAACACACACAUUGUUCACGAUAUUUGAUCUUGAGUGGUAGAAAAUGGUUCCCAUGAAAAACUGGAUUAAUAACCCAAAUAAUGAGUUAGUUUUGUAGUCAUGUAAUCAUCCAUUGCUUUUAAAAAAACGCCAUAAACAAAAUCCCAUUCUCCGUUUUUUGUGUCGCACAAAAAGCUGUGGGAAAUAAAAAAAAAACUAUAUCACCAGGGGUGAGUAAGAAAAAUGUUUUAAAUCCUUUUAAACAAGGAUUUAUUAAAAUGGCGAAGGGAAAGUCAGCUCGCACAAUUUCAUGAACACACCAGUCAACCCUGGCAGUCCUGCCUGAAAAAAUACACACAAACACAAUUAAAAUAACGACUGUCCUGCAGCUCAUUCAAAAAUAAAUGUCUGGUGAAUGAUGAUAAUGUGUAAUAUUUAGCACUAUUUUUGUAUCAGGAAAAAAAAAUGGCUCUGCUACAUGUUUAUCUUUUUUGCUGGUAGCCUGUUAUUAAAUGAACAGUAUGGUGAUGUGUCAAAUACUUUGCAAAAACAUAAAAAAUAAAAAAAAAAUCCUCAUUGCUUUUAACUGUUGUAAUUUAUCUGGGUCACUUUAGAUCAUUUCCGGCUCAACACUCUUAGUUCCCCGUGUAAAUAGUCCUUAUCAUGUUUUAUUUCAAACAACAAUAGACUUAAAAAGAGAAAUUUUAUUAAGUUUAAAAUAAUAUACUGACAGUUUGUUGGAAUCGUUGUGGGUUUUAAGCAGAAUUGUGGGGCUUGUAGAGAUGUGUAACUGACAACUGUUGUAUAGAAAUGUACAUUUUUUUGUAAAGAUAUUUUUAUCAAAAGGCAUGUUUACUGUAACUUUGUAUUUUCAGUUCAUGUAUAAAAAAAAAAAAAGUAUAUUCCAACUGUUGUAAGGCUAGAAAACUCAUUGUCGUUGUAGAUAACUAUUUGUGUUCUUAUCAGUCAAUAAUAAAAUGUUUGUGUCAUA